GAAAGAAGGUGGCCCGAGAGGGUCGCGGUUCCUAUGGCUGUUAACUCGCUAAACCGCCUGGCUUCUGGCCGGAGGGUGGAUGGACGCCUCAGGGCCCGAGACUCGUUGAGGUCCGGGCCUCGACCGGCUCAGCAGGUAUCAUCAUCUGGAAGACAAACUGGAUCAAGUAAAUUAACAACUGGGAAGAAAGGGAUCCAUAUGAGAAAAAUAGCCCGUGCUGAUGCAGAUUCUGGUUACUCCCUCUAUUCUACUGAUUCUGAUGAGCAGGUUGGAACAGUACCCCGGGAACUUGAACGUUGCACAUCUUUAUUCCAGGAUAUUUUGCAAAAUGAAGAGAAAACCUAUGGGAAUCCAGGAAAAAGAUCUUCUGGGCAGCUUGGGUCUAGACCUUGGGAAUACAGAGGAAACAAACCAAAAAAGAAAGGCCACCCCAAAAACUUCGUUCCUUCAUGUGUCCGUAAAGAAAUUUUGUCUUCAGGUCAUAAGAAAUAUCCACCUAAUAUAGCUGCUACUGAAAAUGAAAAAGACCCUUCAAGCACAAAACAGAUUCAGCCAAUCCAAGUGCCUUUCAACUUUGACUUUUCCACGAUGUACAAAGCCUUCUGUGAGCAUGUGCAAACACAGAUGUCUCUGAUCAAUGCCCAAAGUUCUCAGAGCAUUUCUGACUCUGGUCCUCCAGUCUUUAAUUAUGGUAUACCCACCUCCACACCAAUGCGCUCUCCUCAUGAUCCAACUCAGCCUUCUGAUGUUCAAUCUGAUGUUCAGGCUCCCCCACAAAGUGGAGCACUUUCUCUAACCUCUACCGAUGUUCCAGUGCAAACCAUUAUCACUAAUCCUCCUCACACGUCUUCUCUGCCAACAUCUGGGGAAAAUAACCUAGCUGUUCCAGUAGGUCAACCAUUAGUCCAUAAUAAUGGAAUUCUAUCAGCACAAGGAAUCUCUAAUCAGUUGGGCAAGGAAAUCAAUUUGUUAAAGUGUAUCCAGGCAUCCCUGGAUCUAUUACAUCCUCAUCGAACAAAAACACAUGAGAAACACCAAAACCCUGAUCCAAGACAGCAGCCUACAGUCUUGACUACAGAAGAAGAAGACUCUUCAGAAGAACAUAUUUGGGAGACUUUGACUGAUGAUGAGGACUUAAAAAUGCUUGAAAUAGCAGCCAAGAAAGCCCCAAACUCUGCCAAGUGUAUGCAGAAGGCAAAAAGCACGAGUCCAGAAGAGGCAUCCCCCAAAAUCAGAACCCUCAAGUACCUGUUGGGAGAACUCAAGGCACUGGUAGCAGAACAAGGAGAUUCUGAAAUUCAGAGGUUGAUUAAAGAAGUGGGAGAGUGCAUAGCCCUAUUUCCAGAAGUAGCCAAAAACACUCAAAUGGAGGGUGAAAUAGCUCUAGCUAUGCAGACACUAAGGAGUGAAAAUAUUCAUUUACGAAGGCGAUUGAAAGCUGUAAGCCAGCGACUCAGAGAACAAGAAAAAAUAAUGAAGUCAUCCGAUUACCUAGAUUGCAACUUUGAAUUAAUUUCUACACAGUCACUGAAUAUGUCACUACAAACUCAACUGAAGGAGUCAUUAAGGAAUCAGAAGUUACUGAAGAGUAAGAACGACAAGCUCUUAAAGGUGAUUGAAAGCCAGAAAGAAGAGUACAAGAAGUAUGUCAAGCUGUUUCAAGAGAAAGAUAAAAAAAUGUUUGAGAAUAAGAAGCACUUUGAAAUGGAGACCGCAAAGAUUAAAAUUGAAUUGGAAGAAGCUUUGACCAAUGUGAAAACCUACCAGUUUAAGUUAGAAACAUCUAGAAAGGAAAACAAGAUCUUGGAUGUAACGUUGCAUCAGCGUGAAGCUGAAAUCACCCGGCUAAAAGAACUAACCAGAACUUUGCAGAACAACAUGACACAGCUCCUCACAGACCUCAGCAUGGACAGCACUUUGUAUAAGCCUGAGGAAAUGUUUAACAGAUCCCUUCUAGAUACUCAUGAAAAACACCUACAGCACAAACACUCUCCACCUCGAAUUUCCACAGGUUACCUUAAAAAGUUAGAAAACAAACAAAUUUAUACUCAUACAGAAUCACAAUUUUUAAAAGAAGAUCGAAAAGAGAGAGUGCCAGAUGUGCCCUAUGAAAAUUUCCUAAACCCUGAAGUCUGUAAACACAAAACCUCAGGUUCAUCCAAUGAAUUAGACUUUGGGACUCUGCCUUAUCAUUCAAAUGUACUUUCAGAAGUAGGGAGCGAGACGGACACAUUAAUAGAUGAUGAAUACAGACUGAAUGAUGAGACAAUUUACCUCCCAUUUGCUGUAAGCUCCUCUAAAAAAAAAUCCACCCCUAAAAGAAUAAGUCCAUUGCCACAGAAUAAUGUCUCUAACUCUAAACUAUCUGGCAACAGUGGAAUUCCUGGUUCUGAAAAACAAAAUGAGCUUCUUCAGCCCAUUUCUUUAUUUGUGUCCUCGGAAGAUACAGAGGCUGGUUUCGAAAAGUUCCCUAAUACUUCCUCUCUGAAAAGGGAAACAGAAGUUGAGCCUGAAAACAUAAGGGCAGUAAAUGUAGAAGAUGAGCAACUCUUAAUGAAAAUAAAGGAGGUAAUCAGUAAAAUCCCUGCUGACUUUGUAGAGAAGGCUUCGGGUCAUCAUAAUACCUUGACAUGUCAGACUGCCAAUUCUCUGUUGAAAGACAGUACUCUCUGUGACUACAGCUUUUUAAAUUCUGAUUUAAUGUCAAGAAUGUCUGACUGGAGUAUGUCUUCCCUCUCUUCAUUCACUUCACAUGAUGAACAGGACUUCAGAAAUGGCCUUGCAGCAUUGGAUGCCAACAUAACUAGGCUACAAAAAACUUUACAAACUGGCGUGCUGAAGAAAUGAAGCUAAAAGAAAACAAAACUGAGUGUGUCUAUUCUUCAUUUGUUACAGAAUAUUUUGAUGCUUUAUGCUCUGUUUUUGAAGUGUCUUUAUGAGUGUUUUAUAUUAGUUUAAAUUAUGGGUAGAAUUAAAUCAUCAGUGGAAUAAACUAAAUUUAUUAUUGCAUUUAAAUUGACACUAUGAAAUUUGUGAAAUCUAUCAUCUUGAAGAAUUAAUCAUUUAGGGAACAAGGAUUAUAAUUAUCUAGGAGAAAUUUGUAAAUUGUGUCCAGCAUUUAUCUAUUUAGUGAUUAAAUUCAAAUAUACACUUAUCAUGUGGGUAAAGUUAGUGCUGUCAGAUAAGAUAGUAUGAGGAGGCCCAGAAAAAUGAGAACUGAAGAAAUUCCAUUGGACUUGAUAAAUAUGUCAUUGGUGACCAUUAAGAAUACAUUUUGGGGCAGCUAGGUGGCACAGUGGAUAGAGCACAGGCCCUGGAGUCAGGAGUACCUGAGUUCAAAUCCGGCCUCAGACACUUAACACUUACUAGCUGUGUGACCCUGGGCAAGUCACUUAACCCCAAUUGCCUCACAAAAAAACCCCAAAGAAUACAUCUUCAGUCAUGGCGGAGGUAGAAACCUUUCAAAGUGCUAAGGAAAGUUAAACUUGUAAGAAAAUAGUAGUAGUAAGUCUAAGUUUGGCAGAGAAAUGGAAAUAAGACUUGAAUUUUCUAAUGAUUCUUCCAUUCUUUAGUCGUUAAAUACUAUAUACAUAAAAUUACUUGCCCUCUUAGAGUAAGUUUGGACUACCUCUCUUAAAUGUUCCAGUGUAUAAGAAGUCACCAAAAGAAGAAACAGACAUGGGGCGACUAGGUGGCACAGUGGAUAAAGCAUGAUCCCUGGAUUCAGUAGGACCUGAGUUCAAAUCCAGCCUCAGAUACUUGACAUUUACUACCUGUGUGACCAUGGGCAAGUCACUUAACCCUCAUUGCCCUGCCCAAAAAAGAAGAAGAAACUGACAGGCCCUCCUCCAUCACUAAUGAAGAGACAGGGAGCCAACCAUCUUACUGACUGACCACAGUGUGGGGAAAUAGCUUAAAGGGAAGAGCUCAACUAACUGGUUUUCAAGUAAUAUGGUGUGAAAUUAAAAUUAGGCUACAGGUUACCAAAGGACACCUAAGAGUUGUGGUGGAAGGAAAGAGAAAGGGUAUCUAAAGGCAGGGUGAGAGAGAAAGUACUACUAAGUAAAAUCCUAGGGAUGAUGUAGCUAUACCUCAACUCCUCUUCCUAGUCUGGAGUUACUUGUUCUGUAGCCCAGGAGAGAAGGCAGAAUAUUCGACGGGGAGUCCAAUUACCCAAAGGACAGCUGAAACCAGACAGGGUAGACUUUGAGGGAAGCAUAAAUGACUGUUGAGGAAGGUCACAACUGAGAGAGCAGGUGGGUGAAGGAGUAUUCUACAAUAGAGGAAAAGGGAAGCAUGCAGGUGGGCAGAAGAAAAACAGAAGGUGAUGGGGUAAAGCAACCAGCAGAAGAGAAAAAUAAGCAGGACCAACCCUAGGCAAAACUGAAGAAGUUAAUCUUUUAAGAGUUCCCUCCUCACCACCCCCUGUGACACCUCUGUAUAUACAUACUGUAUUUCCAUAACUUUACACCAUGCUAAACCUCUUACUGAGAUGUUAUUUGGUUAA